UCGACGUGCUGCUAAUGCUGAAUCAUGGCCAUAGAGGAAGGGUAUAGCCUUUUUUCCCUUCCUUUUUCUGGUGAGCUGGCCAGAGAUAUAUAUAGAGAGAGAGAGAGACGGGACGGGGACGGCAAGCAGAGUCAACCCUGACCCUGAGAAACGGAAAGGCGACGAGCGGUGUCGUCCUCGGCACUCGAACUCACUCAAUUCGUUCGCCGGCCGCGCUUACUUCGUGUGCUCCUCUUCUCCCUCGUCCCGCCGUCGCCGCCGCAGAGGAAGCGUCGGAGAGACCGCCGGAGGGAGGAGCGGCAUGGCCGGCCCUGACCUCCUCCGCCCAGAUCCAGGUCUGGCCAUCGUGGUCAUGGGGGUCAGCGGCUGCGGCAAAUCCUCUGAUGCCAAUUUUCUGUUCUGCCGCAGGACCGUGGCGGCGAUGCUCGCGGAGGCGCUGGGCUGCGGCUUCGUCGAGGCGGACGACUACCACUCCCAGACAAACAAAGAUAAGAUGAGCAGGGGCGUCCCGCUCACCGACGAGGACCGCCUCCCGUGGCUGGAGUCGCUGCGCGACGCCAUCCGGGACCGGCUGGGCCGCGGCGAGGACGUCGCCGUCAGCUGCUCGGCGCUGCGGCUAGGGUACAGGGAGGUGCUCCGAGAAGGUGAUCGGAACUACAAGCCAGGGAGCUACGGGUCCUGCAGGGUGAAGUUCGUGUGCCUGGAGGCGUCGGCGGAGGUGAUCGCCGAGCGAGUGGAGCGGAGGGCGGCGGAAGGGGACCACUUCAUGCCGGCGAGCCUGGUGCGGAGCCAGCUGGACCUGCUCGAGAUCGACGCGGCGGAGGGGAUCACCGUAGUCGACGCCACCGUGCCCGCCCACGCCAUCGUCGAAGCCACCAUCACCCAGUUCAGGGAGGAGCUGGCCUCGACGGCGCGCUGACAACCGAGAGUUCCUGCUGGUUCUUGUUUCUGAAUCCAGCUUCAUUUCCGUCAGUGUGCUGGACUGGACAGACAUUAUGCAGUCCACUGUCCACAUACAGCUUGUAAAAAGAGGCUUGCAGACAAGCAAGAUGCCAUCAACCUCAACAUUACCCAGUUCAUUCAAAUUCAAACAUUCAUACUCAUGAUGAAACAGGCAUGUCGCCACCCUUCUCAAACCUAGCUAAUAAUAACGGUGACCAAACUGCUAUUGUUCUAA